AUGGCUGUUGAAGACCAGUUUACGGACUGGGUGAGGGAGUCCGUUGAGUGGUGGGGAGGUACUUGGGCAGAGUACUAUGGACUUGCAGCGUGGCAUUUGACUAAUUAUCUACGGCGAAAAAAGAAAAAUGAAAACGAAUCUACUUCAGCUUCGACUAGCCAAACACGCAACUCUACGGCGGUUGGUGCCGAAGAUAGUACUAGCGUAGGAUUCGACCCUAUCCGUGAUGUAUAA